CAAUCAAAAUUUUUCUUACAGAAGGGUUUACUGAAUCGAAUGUCACAUUUACGAAAGAGUCAGAAAACAUUUACUUAUAUAACGAUUUUAUAAAGAAAUACAGAGCUAAAGAGUGUUUCGAAAGCAAAGAUGUUUGCAGCAAGUACUUGUCAACCUCAGGUUGCUGUGGCUGUCAAUCAUUUAUCAACUAUUGUUCAGUCAAUAAGGAAUGGAAGUUAUAGUGUUGUUAUACCUAGAGGGAGGAGGAGUCAGAGAGCAGUGUCAAGGCAACCAAGGUCAGAAGUCACUGAAGGGUCGCACAAUGAGGUUAAGUCAAAAGAAGUUGACUCAGAAGUUAAAGAACUUGACAUGGAAUCAUGCUGGGAUAUCCUCAUGAAAGAAGACAGUUUAAAAAAAUUGUCUGUUUAUUUUGGUGUUCCAGAAGAAAACCAUUGGAAGUCAAAUUAUGUAUCAGCUUCAACAUUUUUUGAAAACAAAAACGGGUUUCAUGAACACUUGUUAAGUAUCCCAACAUCGGCUGGAUUUUGUUCAAUUCUUAGACCAGAUGUUGUUAGGUUAUUGAGUCAAAACCUCUCACUAGCACAUACAGUAGAACAAAGACGUAUGUAUCGUAAAGAGACAAGAAAAACAGGGCUUGGUACUGCCAGCUUUGAAUUGGAUAAAAAACCAAAAAUUGGGGAUGACUUUGUCAACAACUUACAUGAAGGUGCGUCUAAGGAAGUGAAGGAUAAAAUAAACAUGGCUUACAUAGCAGGCUUAAUAAGCAAUGCGGACAAAGGUUCUGCGUUAAAGAACAAAAGCACAAAGGAAAAAAGCUCGUUAUUUCUGAAAUACUUCUUGUAUGCUCUUCUGGCAUAUUUCUUGUACAGGCAGUUGUCAGAUAUGACUGUAGGACCUGGUAAUGGUGGAUUCCCAAUGGUAACUCCUGGAAGAUUUGAGGUGAAUCCAGAAGAAGUAAAAGUGAAGUUUUCUGAUGUGAAAGGUUGUGAUGAGGCAAAAGAAGAAUUGGCUGAUAUUGUAGAAUUCUUAAAAAAUGGAGAAAAAUUCAAUGCCAUUGGGGCUAAACUACCAAAAGGUGUACUAUUGGUAGGUUCACCAGGUGUGGGAAAAACUCUUCUGGCAAAGGCUGUUGCAGGUGAAGCAGGUGUCCAUUAUUUCCACGCAUCAGGCUCGGAGUUUGAUGAGAUGUUUGUUGGGAGUGGAUCAAGAAAAGUCAGACAGUUAUUUGCUGCAGCAAAGUUGAGGGCACCAAGUGUGAUAUUUAUAGAUGAGAUAGACAGUGUAGGAGCAAAAAGAACAAGUUCACAAAUACAUCCUUACGCUAAUCAAACUGUCAAUCAGUUACUCUCUGAAAUGGAUGGGUUCACAGGAUCUCAGGGGGUGAUUGUUAUUGGUGCCACAAAUAAAAGGGACAAUCUAGAUCAUGCUCUAUUGAGACCAGGCAGAUUUGACAUGGAGGUAAAUGUGUUACCCCCAGAUGCUAAAGGGAGAGAAGAUAUUUUCAGAUUGUAUUUGUCAAAGGUUCAUGCCAGCAAAGAUUUAGACUAUCCGAAGCUUGGGUUAAUGACUCGAGGAAUGACAGGAGCUGAUAUCAACAAUAUAGUAAACCAGGCUGCAUUAAGAGCUGUGUUAGAGGGACAUAAUAUAGUAACAAUGAAAGACAUUGAUUAUGCUAGAGAUAAAGUUAUCAUGGGUCCAGCAUGGAAGAAUAAGAAAAUAGAUGAGCAGACAAACUGGAACACUGCGUACCACGAGGCAGGACAUACCCUUGUAGCAUACUUUUCUAAAGAAGCUAGUCCUCUACAUAAAGUUACAAUUUUACCACGUGGCAGAUCACUAGGACAUACUGCAUUUACUGAAGAGAAGGAGAUGUACGGGUCAACAAAGGCUCAGAUGUUGGCUAGAAUAGAUGUUGCUAUGGGUGGCCGGGUAGGUGAAGAAUUGGUGCAUGGUUCGGAACAAGUUACAGAUGGUGCAUCAUCAGAUUUUCAAGGUGCCACCCAAAUAGCUACAGCAAUGGUGAAAAAAUAUGGCAUGUCAGAUAAGGUUGGUCCGAGAGUACAUUCUGAUGCUUUAAUGGAUGGGGGAAAUUCAUUUAUACAAGUGAAUGACAUCAGUCCUAGUAUGCAGCAAGUUAUAGAUUCUGAAAUAGAUAAAAUAUUAACUGAGUCCUAUAAGCGAGCUAAGGACCUACUGACAUCACAUAAAAAAGAACAUCAAUUACUUGCUGAGGCAUUAAUGAAAUAUGAGACAUUAGACAGUAAGGAAAUAAAGGAUGUGAUUGAAGGUCGACCAUUAAAACGGAUGUCAACCGGCAAAAUGUUUGACCCUAAAACUGUGAUUCCAAAGCUAAGGAAUGAUGAUACAAAAGGUGUACCGGACAUCAGAGGUGGCGAUAAAAACAAGUUAUAGAUACAUUAUAAAUUUGAUAUAUAUAAAAAAGAGAACAUACAAAUGUUCUUCCAAAGAAAUUUACAAUGGAAGGCUUUAGUGUUAAUGUUUCCGAAAUAAAUGGAACUGAGUAUGUGUAUAAACAAUACAUUUUCAUUCCGACACUUCCAUCAUGUUUGGGGAAAUGGAAGUAAAAAUGUUUUCUUUAUGUAAACCAAGGAAAAGAUGAUUGUUAUAAUUUUAAACAAGCCAUAAUGACAGUGGUUUAUGUUAUAGAAUGAAACAACAUGACUUGCCAUAAGGUGUUUUCUUGUCAGUCAUAUAUAAUAGAUAUAGUUUCUGUUACAUUGUAAACAUUAUGCAAGAUAAGCGUCUCGGACCUUUGUUACGUUUUGUGUCAAGCACACCUGUUUAAAAUGACUAUACAUCUGAACAUGAAAUGUUUGAAACAUACAGAUUAGAUGUCCUGUAAUAGAAGUGAUGAUUAUGCUGGCCUACUAUUUCGUUUGUGAUUUUUUCUUUGCAGGCCAGAAGCCAUAUCAACAAAAGAUAAUGUGAUAUCAAUAAAACUGUUUGAUAAGUUAACUAGAAAUAAUAUAUCUGUAUUAGAUCUAGUUUAAUCGUUUUAAUUGAAUUUUGAUUAGUUUUACCUAAGAAAUUCACAGGUACAUAAAUUAAGUGUUGCAUUAAUCAUGGAUAUCCUUAAAUGCAAGUAGCUAUGUUUGUAGAUCUGUGACAUUAAGAUGGAGCCAGACUAACCAACAUGUUCUCAGAAAUCAUGUGCGAUUAGUAGUCUUGUCACCUGCAGUGGAAUUUUUCUAUUAGUAACUGGUUAGUUAUCCAUUAAGCUGGUAAGAAUUAGAUAGACCGGCCUGAUUGAGAUACUGUUUACUGAACUGCUUCAAAUUAGGAACUGGAUAAAUCUGUUACACUAGUACAUGAUAUUGUUUUGAAUCAAUGAGGUGUUAAAUUUUGUUUUAUUAUAUGGAAUUAUUAUAACGCUUGUUCUAAUUGUGAAGAUAUUUUAAUGGAUAUGUAUUAUUUUUAGAUAUUUUGUAUAAUUUUAGGUAUAUUCAUUGGAAUUAAGAGGGUUAUGUAUUCUCUUAUAGUUUGUUUAAAUGAGCCGCGUCACGACAAAAGCAUUGUUAUGCGUUUGCGACCAGCAUGGAUUCAUGCUGUUUGCUUACAAACCCUAUAACAAGUAGAGAAACUGAUAGCGAACAGCAUGGAUCCUGAUCAGACUGCGCGGAUGCUCAGGCUGGUCUGGAUCCAUGCUGGUUGCAAACCUAUUAUGUUGGUUUUGUCGUGACGUGGCUCAAACUGUUUUAUUGUAACAUGGUGUUAGUAUGUCUACAUUUCCGCUAGUACUACAUACUAUAUGUACAUGUAAAAUGAUAAUGUUUGUGUGGGACCUCUAUUACUGGCAUAAUAUAGCAUGUGGCAUGUUACGUUUUUAUCAAUUUCAUUUUGUUGAGCUGUUAAAAUACAAAGUAAGUGCCUUCUUGUAGUUUAUUGUUAUAUGAUAUUUUGUCAUUUAAAUGCUUUAAUAUUUAAUCACCCAAGCUGUGGCUCUGGUGAUUAAAUACGUUUUUAGCUCACCUGUCACAAAGUGACAGGGUGAGCUUUUGUGAUCGCUUUUCAUCCGGCGUCCGUCCGUCCGUCGUCCGUCCGUAAACUUUUGCUUUAAAUGACAUCUCCUCAUAAACCACUGAGCCAAUUUCAUCCAAACUUCACAGGAAUGUUCCUUUGGUGGUCACCUUUAAAACUUGUUCAAAGAAUAUAAUUCCAUGCAGAACUCUGGUUGCCAUGGCAACCGAAAGAAAAAUCUUAAAAUAUCUUCUUUUAAACAACCCUAAGAGCUAGAGCUUAGAUAUUUGGCAUGAAUCAUCUUCUAAUGAGUGUCUACCAAGUUUGUUCAAAUAAAAGCCCUGGGGUCAAAAUUGGCCCUGCCCCAGGGGGUCAUUGAUUUUCCCUAUAUGCAUAUAGUAAAAACUUAAAAAAUAUUCUUUUAAAGAACCCAAAGAGCUAGAGCUAAGAUAUUUGGCAUGAAACAUCUUCUAGUGAGUGUCUACCAAGUUUGUUCAAAUAAAAGCCCUGGGGCCAAAAUUGGCCCCGCCCCAGGGGGUCAUAGAUUUUCCCUAUAUGCAUAUAGUAAAAACUUAAAAAAAUCUUUUUUUAAAGAACCCAAAGAGCUAGAGCUAAGAUAUUUGGCAUGAAACAUCUUCUAGUGAGUGUCUACCAAGUUUGUUCAAAUAAAAGCCCUGGGGUCAAAAUUGGCCCAGCCCGGGGGUGGGGGGGGUCAUUGAUUUUUCCUAUAUGCAUAUAGUAAAAACUUAAAAUAUCUUCUUUUAAAGAACUGUAAGAGCUAGAGCUUAGAUAUUUGGCAUGAAACAUCUUCUUGUGCAUGUCUACCAAGUUUGUUCAAAUAAAAGCCCUGGGGUCAAAAUUGGCCCCGCCCAGGGGGUCAUUGAUUUCCCUAUAUGCAUAUAGUAAAAACUUAAAAAAUCUUCUUUUAAAGAACCCAAAGAGCUAGAGCUAAGAUAUUUGGCAUGAAACAUCUUCUAGUGAGUGUCUACCAAGUUUGUUCAAAUAAAAGCCCUGGGGUCAAAAUUGGCCCCGCCCGGGGGGGGGGGGGGUCAUUGAUUUUCCCUAUAUGCAUAAAGUAAAAUCUUAAAAAAUCUUCUUUUAAAGAACCGUAAGAGCUAGAGCUUAGAUAUUUGGCAUGAAACAUCUUCUUGUGCAUGGACACAAGUUUGUUCAAAUAAAAGCCCUGGGGUCAAAAUUGGCCCCGCCCCAGGGGGUCAUUGAUUUUCCCUAUAUGCAUAUAGUAAAAAAUCUUCUUUUAAAGAACCCAAAGAGCUAGAGCUAAGAUAUUUAGCAUGAAACAUCUUUUAAUGAGUGUCUACCAAAUUUGUUCAAAUAAAGCCCUGAGGUCAAAAUUGGCACCGCCCCGGGGGGUCAUUGAUUUUCCCUAUAUGCAUAAAGUAAAAACUUAAAAAAUCUUCUUUUAAAGAACCGUAAGAGCUAGAGCUUAGAUAUUUGGCAUGAAACAUCUUCUAGGGAAUGUCUACCAAGUUUGUUCAAAUAAAAGCCCUGGGUUCAAAACUGGCCCCGCCCCAGGGGGUCAUUGAUUUUCCUUAUAUGUGUAUAGCAAAAACUUAAAAAUCUUCUUUGAAAAAACCCAAAUAGCUAGAGUUUAGAUAUUAAGCAUGAAACAUCUUUAAGUAAAUAUCUACAAAAUUUGUUCAAAUGAAAGCCCUGGGGUCAAAACUGGCCCUGCCCCAGGGGUGUCAUUGUUUUUAACUAUAUGUGUAUAGUAAAAACUUAAAAAAUCUUCUUUUAAAAAACCCAAUGAGCUAGAACUUAGAUGUUUAGCAUGAAACAUCUUCUUAUGGGUGUCUACCAAGUCUGUUCAAAUAAACAAAUAAAAGCCCUUGGGUAAAAAUUGGCAUGGGGGGAUGGGGGGGCUAUAUACAGGUGAGCGACCCCAGGGCCAUCAUGGCCCUCUUGUUUACAUGAUAUAACAAUAUAUCAUAAGAAGGUAUUAGUUAUGAGAGACGAGGGUGUUUUUAUAAGAUGACUUGUGUAUCAAACUUUAGUCUAGUCCAUCAUGUACUGUUUAUUUCAGUAUAAUGAGUUGUUUGAAUGUAACGGCUCACUUAGUUCCUGAAGAUGAACAAAUGAAGUAUAAUGGAAUGAUUAAAAGAAAGAAAAAAUAAACAGGCAUUUCUCUUUAAUACCAGUCAAUUUAAGCAACAGUAUUUUUUUAUUGAUAAUACAAAGACGUGGAUAGGAUGAGCGUUAAGAACACAGUAGGACAUUGUCUUUACCUUAUACACAUAGAAAAAAAUGGGUAAAUUUGGUGUUCUACUUUGAUAUCAGAGUGUAUCUUGUCCGGAUUGGGGUGUAAACCUCCAUUUUAUUAAUCAGUACUGGGCACUUUCUAUUUCAUAUUCGGAUCUACUGAAUCUAUUGCCUUUGACAGAGGAGUUUCUUGUGAGUCUGUAUCGCAGAGUAAUACCUUGUAGUUGUUUUUGACACCAAAUUUAUUCACCUUUGUAGAAAGUCUUGUUAACUUUUAUCAGUAGGUCAGUAUGGUCUAUGACUUGAUAUAGCAUAGUAUCAGAUGAGUAGUUUUCGUUAGAUCAAAUUGUGCCCGGUACAUGUAUACUAGCCUAAGGUAUACAAAACUAUUCAUUAUGUUUGUUAAUUGUAUGUCAUGUUUUAAUUUUGAUUGCAUUUAUGCAACAGCAUUUCACUUUGUUUUUAAUAAAAGACAUGUAAAUGGUA